AGCGUGGAGGCAGAACUUUAUAACAGAAACAGGAUGUUAGUGUUUUUAACUCCGUGUUUACAGCUAAGAGCUUAUUUGGUGGGUUCAGAUCGUUUUUUGCCAACGUUUUUUUGUAUUGCUGUCAUGGGUCACAUUGCAGUUUGUAUGGUGUGGACAAAACGCAUUCUAAUGGAUACCGGGAGGAGAUACUUAAAAAUCAUCUUGAUCUGCAUCCUGGGAGCAGUGACAGUCUUCUUCUUCUAUCUCAACUAUGACUGGAACUUGGUGAGCAGGUUUAGUCCAGCACCGUUAUCGGAUCCUGGGCUGUACUAUGUGGCCUAUCCACGAAACUAUAAAGUCAUCAUGGAUGACACGCCGACGUGUAAGACCACGGCUCCUUUCCUGGUCCUGAUGGUCCAUGUUGCAACCAGGGACGUGACAGGUCGGGACGUCAUCCGGAAGACAUGGGGAGAUGAGAAACUGGUUCUUGGUCAGCUGGUGGAGACUGUCUUCGUACUGGGCCUACCUGGGGGAGCUAAUGCUGAGCAGCAGCAGGAGAAGCUCCGACAGGAGAACCUGCAGCACCAUGACCUGAUCCAGAGUAACUUCCAGGACAGCUACCACAAUCUGACCAUCAAGACUAUGAUGAUGCUGGAGUGGCUGGCUGCGCGCUGCGUCAAGACUUCCUAUGUCAUGAAGAUUGACUCUGAUAUGUUAUUGCAUGUCCAUAAUUUGGUUAAACUGCUUCUGGAUCCCAGCACGGCCCAACAGAACUACAUGACAGGUUUGGUGUGGUGGCACAGUCCGGUUUUAAGAAACCCAUCCAACAAGUUCUACAUGCCGACAACCGUGAUUGCUGAGCCAGAGUACCCCCCGUAUCCUCUGGGCAUGGCCUACGUCAUGUCCCUGGACCUGCCUGCCAAGAUCCUGACGGUCUCUCCUCACAUUAGACCGAUCUUCAUUGAAGAUGCCUACCUAGGGAUGUGCCUAAAGCGCCUGGGCAUCUCCCCCACCGACCCUCCUGAAAAACAAAUGUUCAUUGUCGACCCAGUGCAUCCUCUGAGCAGCUGCAGCCUUUCAAAAGUGAUCGCCGUGACAACGACAAGCAUCCCACAGAUGGUGAGUUACUGGGAGAGGAGCAGACAGCCAGACGCUAAAUGUUGAGCUUCAUCAAGUUCACCAAGACUGAACUUAGACUUUUGUUUUUGGCUGGACGCAAACGCAAAAGUCUGUCACUGACUGAGUAAUAAAGCUACACGAUUGGUCGGCCAAGUGUUGGAGUUUCCUCAUUGGCCGUUGCUCUUUCAAAAUGAAAAGGCGGGGAACAGUCCUUUAUGCAAAUGAGCCCACAUGGACCAAGCUGUUAAACUAAGUGAUUUGUGAUUAAUCGCGAUUAACUGUUUUAAUCGAUUGACAGCCAUACUUCAUUCAUUCUGCCUUUGGUCUGUGGGCUGAGGACCCGUCCUUUAUGUCAGUGAGUUUCCUUUGUUCUUGUAUUGAUGCCAUUUUGUUUUAUUGAUGUUAAGAAAACAGUAAAAAGCAGAGCUCUGACCACAAGUU